CAAAAGUGACGGCGAAAUUUGCCAUCCUGUGCAGCGGUCCCCUGCAAAACAAAGAUUUGGUUUCGUUUCUGCCUGGCCUGAAGUUGAUUCAACGUCACCGGUGCCAAAAUUAGCUGAAAUGGCUGGAAACAACACAGAGAAAGGGGAAGAUGAGAAGCCGUUUUUCAAAGUGAACAAAUGGGAUGGCGCUGCUGUAAAGAAUGCCCUUGACGAUGCUGUGAAAGAGGUUCUCAUAAAGAAGUACAACUAUCAGGAAAACUUUGGCCUUAUGGAUGGCAGGUUGGUGAUGUGCAGUAUUGCAGUCUCUGUGGCUCUAUUUGCCCUCGGAUAUGAUUACGUCUAUCCUUUCCCUAAAUCCAAGCCAAUUCUUAUUAUCUGUGUCUCAACUUACUUUGCAUUUAUGGGUCUUCUCACCCUUUAUACAACAUAUAAGGAAAAGGGCAUAUUUAUCAUAGCUAUUCAGAAGGACCCUGCUGGCUUCAAUCCAGACAACAAAUGGGAAGUUAGCUCUUAUCUUAAUAAGUUUGAUGACAAGUACCACCUGGACUUCACCGUUUAUUAUGGAAAGGGGAAGACCAAGAGAGAUGCCAGCUUCAUAAAAUCGGUUGCCAACUUUUUUGACGAGGAUGGAGUUUUACUGUAUGACUUACUUGAACCAGAGAUUUGCAAACUUCAUGAUAGUUUGUUAAAAGAAAAGAAAGAUAAAUGAAAGCACUGGUCUUAAAUUAAAGUGAUUUACUCAUUAUCUCUCUCUCUCCAUUCAUCAAGAGUAUUUUAACCAUUCCUCUCAAUUGUGUCUUUGUGUGUUCAAGAAGUGGACUUGUCUUCUAGUUGUGAUUUUGUGUUGUGUUGUAAGUCCUGUUUGAAAGGAUUGUCCAUAGAUCUUAUCUAAGAAUCAUUUUAAAAAAUUUCUUACAGUGUUCCCACUGCACUUUGGGAAAAAAUAUAAUUCUACUGUCAAGGCUAAAAAUU